AUGAACAUUGUUACACGAUGGCAGGGUUCGGCACACGACUCGACUAUAUUUCGGUCGAGUGCACUAUGGCAGCAAUUCGAAGCGGGCGAAUUUCGCCACUACAUUUUAGUCGGUGAUUCCGGCUAUGCCAAUUCUCCCUUCCUGGCAACACCAUUCGCAGAAAAUAGUUCUGAGCUUCGCGCUGGAUUACAACACGUACAAGAAUAUCAGCGGGCAAUUAUCGCCACCAGGAAUUGCGUGGAACGCUCAUAUGGAGUGCUGAAGCGACGCUUUCCAGCAUUGGCCUAUGGUUUGCGUGUCAAAAUAUCGACUGCACAAAUGCUUGUUGCGACCGCUGCAGUACUCCACAACAUCUGUAUUGAUGAGAAUGAGCAAUUACCCAACACACCACCUGGCUUCACGAGCAACGAAAUAGAGAUCAACAGUGGUGCGACAGAAGAUACUCCAAAUAGUAACUAUGGCAGGAAUGUACGCAACGAACUCCUCGAUAUGUUUCGUCGCCAAGUGAACACACACACCAAUCACUUGCCUUGA